AAUUCUAACGAGCGGUAGUUGCGUUAUGUUGUCUCCCUCAAACAUUGUGCGAAAACCAGUCCGGCGAGAGAGAAAAAAUGGUAGCUCGAAAGUUCCUGGUCCGCCAUGGAGAUUCUACCUUCGAUGUCGAAUAUGAAGCUGAGGACGGCUUGGAAGUUUUCAAGUUACAGCUCUUUUCUCUCACUUCAAUUCUUCCCGAUGAACAAAAGGUAUUGGCGGAGGAUAGUGAUCGGCCGGUAUUAGAGGACUCUGAUCUCAUGUCCGUAUCAGAGAAGCUCCGAUUGGUGUCAAUCACUGACCAAAGCGAAGAGAAACAAGAGGCAAGCGGUAGCGAGAAAUCGAAUGCGGAGUUAAUAAAAUCCGAUGAGGAAUUGGCUCGAAUGUUGCAGGCAGAGGAGGAAGAGCUUUUCCUUCGACAAUAUGUUGGCGGAAAAGACACGGAGGGAAUUGAUAAGAAGAUACGGCCUUAUAUCACUGAAGUUCGGAUGUAUGAAGAUCCAGUCCGUCAGGAGGCUGCUAGGAAAACAGUUCCUUUAGAAAGGCUCGAGGAGAAAGCACUGGUUAGUUUGGCCAAGGAGGGGAACUUUAAACCAUCAAAAAUUGAACAAGACCAUGCUUUCCUGCUGCAGCUGCUUUUUUGGUUCAAACAAUCUUUCAGAUGGGUUAAUAGACCUCCAUGUGAUGGUUGUGGCAAUGAAACUGUUAGUCAAGGUUUGGGAAAUGCACUUGAGUCAGAAAUUCGUUAUGGAGGAACUCGAGUAGAACUUUAUCGCUGUAAUUUAUGUUCAAGAAUCACUCGAUUUCCAAGAUACAAUGAUCCAAUAAAGCUUCUGGAAACAAGGAAAGGGCGUUGUGGGGAGUGGGCUAAUUGCUUCACACUUUAUUGCCGUGCUUUUGGAUAUGAAUCUCGUCUGGUUCUGGAUUUCACAGAUCACGUCUGGACAGAGUGCUUUUCACAGUAUUUGGGAAGAUGGAUGCAUCUUGAUCCUUGUGAAGCAGUGUAUGACAGACCAUUGUUAUAUGAAAAAGGGUGGAAUAAGAAGUUGAAUUACAUUAUUGCUAUUGCAAAUGAUGGAGUUUAUGAUGUCACUAAACGUUAUACAAGAAAGUGGCAUGAGGUUUUGUCUCGGCGAAUCCUGACAUCAGAAUCUGUUUUAUUAGCCACUCUUGCUAAUUUGACAAAGGAAUGUCGGAGUAGCUUUCCACCUCAAGUACUUUCAGAGCUUGAAGCCCGAGACAGAAUUGAGCAAGAGGCAAUUGAGAGAGAUAUCCUAUCUCCAGACAAUCCCUCUGUCUCCUUACCUGGAAGACAAAGUGGGGACAAAAACUGGCGCAUUUCAAGGGCAGAAUUUGGUUCUGACUCCUUUGGUUCUUCUUCCUGUCCCAUCCGUGUGUGCGUAGAUGAGCAUGUAACAAGGAUUUACAACGCAUUUUCUCCUGUCCUUUCUAGUUUUAUUGAGAAUUCUCUACCUAAAUCCAAGGUUGUUGAGGUACUUGAGAUUUUUAGAGGACUCCUGGUGGAUCUCAAGAAAAAACCCUAUAAAACAAGAAGUGCUUCUUUAAGACUAGUGCCCAAUGAGAGUCAAUCUUUGGUGAAUAAGUUUAUACCCUCAGUUGGCGAGUUACUUGAUGUUCUUUCCCUAACGAGCAACUUGGAUAUAGAUGGCAGGGUCAACAUAUGUUUAGCUGGGGACCCUAUAAAAGCCGCUUUCACUCUGCCUGUUGUGUUGCAUGCUUUGGAUGUACUGAUCAACAAUUUGAACAAAUACCAAAACUUUGAAAAAGAUUCUCUGAGCUUUCCACUUCUAAAAUUAAACAGAAUAUUCUCUGGCUCUGUCCUUGCAAGUGGCGAGGAGCUUCCUUUUGGGAUUGCCACAUCAGCAUUUGAUGGAACUCGUUUGUCUAAAUGGGAAGAACCAAAUGGUGGAAAAGGUUGUUGGAUCAUCUAUAAAUCAUUGGAGAACAAGAUGCAUGAACUUGUUGCUUAUGAAUUUAUGUCUGCAAAUGAUGCGCCAGAGAGGGAUCCAAUGGAUUGGAUACUCGAAGGAAGUAAUGAUGGGGGAUCCUGCUGGCAUGUUUUGGAUAAACAAACAAAUCAGCAGUUCAAAAACCGUUUUGAACAGAGAUCAUACCAGAUAACAUCAACAGGCUUCCCAUCAAACCUUUUCAGGUUUCGGUUUUUAGCAGUGCGAGAUGUUCAAUCGACUUCGCGGCUGCAAAUAGGUAGCAUUGACCUGUAUGCAAAGAGCAGCUAAUGUCUCCUCCUAAGAUGAAGCCAUUAG